AUGUUUAUUAUAGUAUUAUAAAUACAAUUUUGCUUAUUACAUAUUACAAUUCUGUACAGUUAAGAUGAUAUUCAAUGGAAUCCAAGUGACAAAAAGAACGAAAAUCAGAUUGAAAUUAAUAUUUUGAAGAUUAAUUAUCAGUGGAAAAAUAAAUUAAUGAGACGGUAUUAAUUGAGGUUCAAUGCCACUCGGCAGUAAACCUGAAUGUGUCAAGUGUGGGACUCGAGAAACCCCGCUUUGGCACUCAACCGAAGCUGGUAACCUUUGUAACACCUGUCUUGAAGAGGAAAGAAAUUCUGGAGCAAGUUCAAACGCAAAAACUGAAGAAGAGGAUAAAGCAGGGUCAUUAAAGCCUACUAGAAGAAGUACAAGAAUUACAAGAUACUGUAAUUCUAAGUCUGUACCACAUAAGAUUAUACCUAAAGGAAAAGGAAGAAGAAAUUUAUUUAAGAAAACUCCAGUUAAAGCACCAACUGCUACAGCAACCCCAAUUACAAGUAAUUAUGUAUUUUAUAAAGGAACGUAUUUUCAAGUAGGCGAUAUAGUUUCUAUGCAGGAUGUCAAUGGUGGAAUUUAUUAUGCACAAAUUCGUGGUUUACUCACUGAUCAAUACUGUGAAAAAAGCGCUGCUGUUACCUGGCUUUUGCCUACAACAGCAAGGUAAAUUAUUUAUUUAUUAACCAGAGUUAAACUAGCUAUAGUGAAACAGAAUAAUAUUUGUACUAUGAUGUAAAUAAAGUAUAUUUAAUGGUA